CCAAAAUUUGUAAUCAUGUUAAUUCUAUUCUUUUUCAUCAGACUCCAAUGUUGAAGACAAAGAAAUUAAUAGGUGAUGCUGGUAUCACAUUCAACAACAUGUUUGUCACUAGUCCUCUUUGUUGUCCAAGUCGGUCAAGUUUUUUAACUGGUCAGUAUACCCACAACCACAGAGUUUUGAACAAUUCUUUGUCUGGUAACUGCAGUAGUGCAUUGUGGCAGAAAUAUGUUGAACCAAAAGCCUUCCCGGUGAAAUUGAAUCAAAAUGGCUACAAGACAUUUUUUGCAGGGAAAUAUUUGAAUCAGUAUGGAAAAAAGCAUGCUGGUGGUGUGAAGCAUGUCCCUCCUGGAUGGACCUCAUGGAAUGGCUUGGUUGGCAAUUCUAAAUACUAUAAUUAUAGUAUGUCUACAGAUGGUGUACUGGAAAAACAUGGCAGUAACUACAGCAUUGACUACCUUACUGAUAUCAUAAACCAUCGAGCAGUCAAGUUUAUCAAUGAACACAAGGGUAACCCUUUCUUUAUGAUGUUGUCAACCCCUGCUGCACAUAGUCCUUUCACCCCAGCACCCCAGUACAGUAAAAACUUCAGCACCCGCAAAGCUCCCAGAGAUAAAUCUUUCAAUAAACAUUCCACUGAUAAACACUGGUUAAUCCGACAAGCUAUUUCUCCAAUGUCAAACAGCACAAUUGAAAUGAUUGAUAACAUAUUCCGGAAUCGAUGGAGAACACUUCUGUCUGUUGAUGAUCUUGUAGAGAAUAUUGUCAAGCAACUGACUGCAACUGGACUCCUCAACAAUACAUACAUAUUCUUUACUUCAGAUAAUGGCUAUCACUUAGGUCAGUUCUCUCUUCCAUAUGACAAGAGGCAGUUGUAUGAUUUUGACAACAGAGUCCCGUUUUUGGUCAGAGGCCCUGGCAUAAAGGCAAAUCAAACCCGCAAUGAACUUGUAUUGAAUAUUGAUUUUGCUCCAACAUUCCUUUCAUUGGCGGGGAUCAAAGAACCUGGAAAGUUUGAUGGGAAAUCCUUGCAGCCAUUGUUAACAGCCAAUAAAACUGACACCAAAUUUCGGAACAAUUUCUUAAUUGAGCACAGUGGCGAAUUCCAUGAAGAGGUGAAAAACUGUCCUCAGUACAAGAACCAAGGGAUGUCAUCCUGUGAUAUCAACUGUGUUUGUGAAGACUCCUGGAAUAACACAUAUGGCUGUAUCAGGAAUAUUGAUUCAAAGAAUAAUUUCAAAUAUUGUGAAUUUAAUGAUAAAGAGCACUUCAUUGAAAUGUAUGAUCUUGAGAAAGAUGCUGCUGAAAUUACUAACAUCGCGAAGAGUGCUGACCCAAAUAUAGUGUUGCAUCUCAGCCAGACUUUGGCCACAUUAUCUUUGUGUUCUGGUCCUUCAUGUCAAGUGGACUAGACCUUCUUUACAGAAACUGACCAACAAUAGAAUGAAUGUUUCAGGAAUUAAAAAAAAAUUACACAUUUAAAACUUCUGUAUAAUAUACACAUACCCAACACACACAUACACACAUGGAGAUAUCUAUUUUUGGGAAUAUAUCUUUUUUCUGUGAGUUUUAAUACUUUUUUAUUACUUUAAGAAGAAACGUUAUUCAGCUGAACACUUCAAUCAAAGCAUAUGGAAAAAAAUUAAAAUUAAAGAAA